CCUACUCGAAAAUAAAAUUAUCUUGCCACAACUGAAAAGCAAUAGCCCUCAAAAGCUUAAUCUGUUUGCCUAGCCCACAUCUUUUAGCUGAAAAAUAUACAUAUAAUGGCGAUUUCUCCAAGUGCUACGUUAGCUGCUCAAUUCCCCAAGUGUCACAGACCAAAUGACCAUAAAUGCCCCUCCUCUUCUUCACUCUCUUUUUGUAAAUCAAACUCAAGUACCCUACUUAUUGGUCCUUCAAGUAUAUCAUCACGAGAUGGCCAGAAAUUUAGGAGAUCUUUUCAGGUUCAUGGCUUAUUUGGUGGCAAAAAGGAUAGUAACAACGAUGAUAAUAAGGCUGGAGUACUUGGAAACAUGCAAAAUCUAUACGAAACUGUAAAGAAGGCACAAAUGGUUGUUCAAGUUGAGGCAGUACGUGUGCAGAAAGAACUUGCAGCUGCAGAGUUUGAUGGCUAUUGUGAAGGUGAACUUAUAAAGGCAACACUUUCUGGUAACCAACAGCCAGUGCGCAUUGAAAUAACUGACGCUGCAAUGGACUUGGGACCGGAAGAACUCUCACUUCUAGUAACAGAAGCGUACAAAGACGCGCACCAGAAAAGUGUAUUGGCAAUGAAGGAGAGAAUGAACAAUCUUGCUCAGAGCUUAGGGAUGCCAGCAGGAUUAGAAGGAAUGAAGUGAUUGAGAGGUCUACCAGAAAGAAGCUCCAAUUUUGUUUAUAAGCUUUGCAGCAAUGAUGUAUUACACUUAAAUUAUUUUGCUUUACAGUAAGCACAGUAAAGCAAAAAGGAGCAAGUAGCUGGCAGGUUCUAUAUAUUUGCUUAAGUCCCCAUCCAAAUAGUUGCUUCUUGUUUUUCUUC